AUGAGUUCCUUAUUAUUACCUACCGUCUAUCUUGGUGGAUGUAUCGCUGCCAUGAGCGCGUUCUCCUAUGUCUAUCGUAGAGCAACCGCUACACAAACUGUCGAAUCAUGGUUCCCUUUGAACAGACAAAAGGAAGAAUAUAUUGCUUUAUUAAAUGCUGAACCUGCAGUUCCAGAAUUCCACUUGAGAACAGCUCUCUUACGUCGUGCGAUGGAAGCUGUGCGUCGCCUAGUCCAGAUUCAACAAGAAAAACCAGCUUUACAACAGCUGAUGAAGACAGGUAGCAUAGGAGACGAACUUUGGCGCGAAUUCAGUGCUGCUGAACAAGAGAUCACAGCGGAACUUCAGGAAAUUGCAAUGGAAGCAAAUACAUUCAAGGAGAACUGGGGACAAACCAUAUUCUCAACUGCUGCACAGAUGCUCGAACACGAAAAGCAGAAACAACUA